AGCGGGAGAGCUGUAACUUGUAAGGUAUAAAUAAGUCUUCCAGUUUUCAUGCCUUGAGAAUCGUCUACCUUGUGAGCAAGUGGAGCGUUCUAUGCAUGUCCCCUGUGCAUGUCCCUUGGACCUUAAGCCUUCAGGACGUCGCAGAGUAGUCCGUCAGCGACUGCAGCCUGCAGGGAGGGGAAACUGUUUGUCGGAGCGAGCAGGGUGCAUGGCUUGAGCAAGUGGCCCGGGGAAUGGCAGGCACAACUGGCGGGCCGGGAACGUGUGAUCAGACCGAGGACCGUAACGGUGGAAGUUGGAUUGAGUCGUUGCCACGGAAGAGCAGUACCUCUGUGGACUUAACCCAUGGCAACUCCACUUUCUCCGGCGAAGGAGAGAGCUCCGCCCUCACUGAUAUACCGCUUGUGGAUGAGGAGUCCGAGGAGGUGAUCAGUAGCAACAGGACCUUACGCAGCAACGGGCCCAGUGGAGGGGGAGGAGGAGGAGGAGGAAUUGGAGUAUCCAGAAUGGACAGACGAACGGAGCCAUUGCUUCCACUUGUCGACGAGCCCAGAGGGGAGGAUCCCAGAGAUUCUUCAGCACAUCCUACGAGCAAACACACUCACACUCUUCCGAGGUUGCCUGGCGAUGGCGAUACUUCCGCCGGGUCAUCACGUGGAAGCUCAGUCAACGAGGACGACGGGCUGUCUGAGUCAGCAAGGUACGGGUAUAAGGCGUCCUAUUAUAGCACAGACGAAGACGCCGGGCCUCUGAAACACCAGGCAGCGAGGGGGAGUACUGGCCUACUACAGCAGCAGAAGGUCAUAGGAGGAGGAGGAGGAGGAGGGGGGGGGGAUCGAACGUCAGCAGCGGAGGUAAUGUGGAACGGCAAAGACGUCCGGCGUGCUCCUCUUCAACGGGAGGUCCCUAUAGCCUUGAGCAAGCUGCUGUUGUACAGGCUGGUCGUGCUUGGGAGGUUGGUAGUGAUGAUUUUGUUUCUGAGGUACCGCGUUCUUAAUCCGAACCCGGCGGCCUAUGGGUUGUGGCUGGCAUCUGUGGCGUGCGAGGUAUGGUUUGGCUUCUCUUGGAUUCUCGAUCAGCUGCCCAAGUGGUCUCCAGUGACCCGCAAGACGUACCUAGAUCGUCUAAGUCUUCGAUUCGAGAGGGCAGGGGAGGAGAGCACCCUCCCUCCUGUGGACGUGUUUGUGAGCACGGCGGAUGCGGAGAAGGAGCCUCCCUUGGUCACUGCCAACGUCAUCCUGUCCAUCUUGGCAAUGGAUUACCCCCCGGAGAGAGUGUCAUGUUACCUGAGUGACGAUGGGGCCGCCCUGCUGACCUUCGAGGCUAUGGCGGAGACGGCAUGCUUUGCGAGGUCCUGGAUACCCUUUUGCAAGACGUUUGACAUCGAGCCGCGGGCGCCCGAGGUCUACUUCUCCAUGAAGUUUGACUAUACUGUCGGGAAGACCCGUCCCGACUUCGUCAUGGCUAGGAGACAGCUAAAGCAAGAGUACGAGGAGUUCAAGGUCAGGGUCAACGCUUUGGUGCAGAAGUCCAAGAAGCCCCCUUCUGGGGGGUUUCGCAUGUCGGAUGGGUCGGCAUGGCCAGGGCAGUAUCGGUCUGACCACCCGGGCAUGAUCCAGGUCUUCCUGCAGCCGGAGGGUAUGACCAGGGACAUUCAGGGGAAUGCCCUCCCUCGCCUGGUGUACAUCUCUAGGGAGAAACGCCCUCGCUUCGACCACAACAAGAAGGCCGGUGCCAUGAAUGCCCUGCUGCGCGCCAGCGCUCUCGUCAGCAAUGGCGCCUUUAUACUUAACCUGGACUGCGAUCAUUACGUGAACAACUCCAAGGCUAUGCGAGAGGCCAUCUGCUACCUGAUGGACCCCGUGGUCGGCGACCGGGUGAGCUUCGUCCAGUUUCCCCAGAGGUUCGACGGCGUGGACAAGAACGACCGGUACGCCAACCACAACUUCGUUUUCUUUGACGUCAACAUGAAAGGUCUUGACGGGCAGCAAGGGCCCAUGUACGUGGGUACCGGCUGCGUCUUCCGGCGCCAGGCGGUCUAUGGUCUCAAUCCGCCGAGAAGAACAGUGAGGGGGUCCAAGGGACAGGGAGGAGGAGGAGGAGGAGGGGUGUUGCCGAGGCUUUGCAAGGGGUGUUACAUGUGCCUGUGCGGGUGGUGCUGGAAGGGUUGCAAGUCCGGCGGUUCGGAGGACGUCCGGACUGCUCUCAUUCCUGGCCACACCAUUUCCAGUGAAGAGGCCCUCAGGUUCCCAUCCAAAUGGCAUGCCCAACGAUUUGGUAUGUGCUCGGAUUUCGUGAUAACCACGAUGGAUGCAGAUGGAAGGGUACCCUACUUAACCCCCUUGCAGCUGCUGAAUGAUGUCAUUUUGGUCAUAUCAUGCGGCUACGAGGACAACACGGAGUGGGGGAGGACAGUGGGGUGGAUGUAUGGAUCUGUGACAGAGGAUAUUGUCACCGGACUUUCGAUGCAUGUCAAAGGUUGGAGGUCCGUGUAUGCCAUGCCAUCGGCUGCGGCAUUCAAGGGCUCCGCUCCGAUCAACCUGACCGACCGGCUGGGGCAGGUCUUGAGGUGGGCAACCGGGUCGGUCGAGAUCUUCUUCUCUAGACAUAACCCCAUGUGGUGCUACUGGGGGCGUCACCUGCAGUUCGUUGAGCGAGUGGCAUACAUUAACACAGCCGUCUAUCCCUUCACCUCUGUGGCGUUGAUCGUCUACUGCCUGAUACCUGCAAUCUGCCUCUUCACGGACAAGUUCAUCGUCGGGGAGAUCGACGACACCGCCGUGCUUUGGUUCCUUCUCCUCUUUCUCUUCAUCUUUCUGAAUGCUGGUCUGGAAAUCUUCUGGAGUCAGAUUUCCCUUGAAGACUGGUGGCGGAAUGAGCAGUUCUGGGUGAUCGGUGGGUCAUCCGCUCACCUGGUCGCCGUCAUGCAGGGCCUGCUCAAGGUCUUCGCAGGUGUGGACACCUCCUUCACCCUUACGGCCAAGGCAGCAGAGGACGAUGACGAGUUCGGCGAGCUGUAUGCUGUGCGAUUCACUUGGCUUAUGAUCCCCCCUACUGUGCUGAUGAUAGUGAACCUGUUUGCCUGUGUAGUUGGCUUUGCCCGAGAAGUCAACAGAUCGGCRGGGAACAAGCAAUGGGGUCAACUGCUGGGGAAGACCUUCUUCUCCUUCUGGGUGCUGAUCCACCUCUAUCCAUUCGUCAAGGGUUUGACAGGCAGAGCUCAGCGACUCCCUACCACAAUCGUUCUCUGGUCAUUGCUAGUGGCCGUAAUCAUAGCUCUGCUCUGGGUUCAAAUCUGACCGGACAUCCAUUUUGACUGUAUUUGGUCAUGUUUCGGUCCAGAUACAGCCAUAAGGACCCGGCGUGUUGUAUUGGAGGGAAGACUGUUGUAUGGAUCUGCUCUGGGUUCAAAUCUGACCCGAACCAGCGGGUGAAAGUUCGUGGGUUGCCAUGGAUUGUCCCAGACGAACCGUCCCCACAUCCAUUUUGACUGUAUUGGUCAACUUUCGGCCCAGAUACAGCCAUACGGACCCGUGUUGUAUUGGAGGGAAGACGGUUGUAUGGAUCUGCUCUGGGUUCAAAUCUGACUGCCAGUGACUGGAACCAGCGGUGAACGUUCGUGGGUAGCCACAAAUUGUCCCAGAGUCUCAGACGAACCUUACGCUGAUAAAACGUACAACCAUUUUGACUGUAUUUGGUCAUCUUUUGGUCUAGAUACUCGUUGGGAAUCAGGUAAAGCCAUAAGUACUGUGCAUUCUAUUGGAGGGAAGACAGUUGUAUGGAUGAUUUGCGCUCACUGCCCCUCGAAUAUCCAUUAUAGAGUUUCAACAAUAAGCACGUGAAGUGGAGUGGUACAGAUGGAAGGAGCCAUGACGUGGUGACCCGCCUUAGUACGGAACAGUCCAACUUCAGUGACGAAAGACACAUCGGACAAUGUUGCUUCAUUAUUGACACCAUAGUUAUAAUUCAUUAUGUCCUAGGUUGUGAAUAGUACUCACAUGUGACAGUAGUAGUAGUUUUUGGUAAAUAAGUGGCUGUCGAUGGAAUAGUUAUGAGUCUUAUGACAAGUCCUCUACUUCAUGAAGUUCAUGUGGCGGCAUUAGUUUUGUGACUUUUGUUAAGAAUGAGUGCUUGCAAUGAUCAUGGCGCAGACUAUUCGCUUGUGACAAUAAAUUGUGAACAAUAGC